UUUCAGAAAUGGCUCCUCUGAGGUGUCUCGGAAGGUGUCCCCUCGCGGCCGCGGCGUGCGCCAGCUCAGGCCUUCUGCACUGUACAUUGAUUCUGCAUCAACAUUAAAUCAAGUUCAUAGAACAACAUCAAAGGAUAGAAGCCCUAAAGUCAUUGAUAGAAGAUCACCUAGAAGCCCUGCUCCUGAGAGGAAAAGGCCAAGCAGAAUACCUGGAUUGGAAUCUCAGGUUUCUCAUCUAAGAGAGGAUUUGAAGAAAGUGAGGGAGCAGCUAAGUUUAUCUGAAUCAUGCAAGAAACAAGCUCAACAAGAAGCUGAGGAAUCCAAGCAAAAACUCUUUGCCUUGUCUCUCAAACUUGAAGAAUCACAGCAGCAAGUUCUAAGCCUCACUUCUGCCAAUCUUGAAGAUUCCCUUACAUCUUCCAUGAUUGAAAUUCCUCAUUGUGAAAACUCACAGACACAGUAUCCAGAAUCAUCAGAUUUGGAACUACUAAACCUGAAACAAAACUUGGCAGAAUCUCUUUGUAUUGUGAAGAACAUGAAAAACCAGCUCAAGGAUUGCAAAGAGUCAUCUCAGGCAGAACCUUUGGUUGAUGAGACUUUGCGAAAACUCGAGGCUGCGAAAAGAACUGUGGAGUUCUUGAGGGCUGAUGCUGCUAAAUCUGCUACAGAAAUAGACCCAUCUAGAACUGGAAACUCCCUCCAUCCGCAUGUAAGCAAACACGCAACCGGCCUCGUUAGUAGCAAAAUUGUCCACAAUGGAAAUCUUGUUGAUGAUCAUAAGCAUAAGCAUGAAGCUGAAAAAUUGGAAAAGCAAGAGGGUGCUGAUCAAAUUGGUUCUGAAAUUCAGUUUCUCAAGUCUGAGGUAGAAAAACUGAGGUGUGCCAUGGAGACUGCUGAGACUAAAUACCAUGAAGAGCAGAUUCGGAGCACGGUUCACAUCAGGAACGCAUAUGAAUUAAUGGAACAGAUGAAAUUAGAAUCAAGUAAGAGGGAGUCUCAAUUAGAGGCUGAACUUGGAAGAAAGAAAGCUGAGAUUGAAGAUUUGAAGGGUAACUUGUUGGACAAGGAAACAGAGUUGCAGUGCAUUGUGGAGGAGAAUGAGAAGCUGAAUGCAAGGAUUGAAAUGAACUUGUCAUCACAAAGAGAACAUGAAAAUGAACUCAAGAUGGAGAUUCAAAGAUUGCAUGAAUGUGUUGCUGAAAUGAAGGCAGAGAUGAUGGACAAGGAGACAACACUUGAGAGCAUAUCCGAAGAAAAUGAAAUUCUGAAGAAUAUGGAAUUCAAUAAGGUACUGAGUGAAAGUGUGGCUGCAGAAAUUGAGGCAGCUAAGGCUGUGGAACGCGUGGCGGCCGUGAAGCUUGGGAUUGCAAUGGAGGAGGCAGACCGGAGCAACCAGAAGGCCGCGAGGAUCGCGGAGCAGCUGGAAGAAGCACAAGCAUUGAAGUCAGAAAUGGAGGCAGAACUUAGAAGGCUUAAGGUACAGUGUGAUCAAUGGAGAAAGGCUGCAGAAACUGCUGCUUCUCUGCUUUCAACAGGAAAGGGGAAACUCACUGAGAGAUCUUUGUCUCUUGACAAUAAAUACAAUAUCCCUUUGAUGAAUAACAAGUAUGAGCCUUGUUGUGAUGAUAUCAUCAUUGAUGAUGAUGAUGAUUUCCAGAGAAAGAAAUAUGGUAACAUGCUUAAGAAGAUUGGGAUCUUGUGGAAGAAGCCUCACAAAUAAUUGUCCACUCUCUUGAUUCAUGGAGACCUAUAAAUGUGUAGUAGUACAUGAGUAUUUUGUGUUACUUAAAUUUGGAUUUCAUCAUCAUGUGUUUCUCAAUGUUUUGAUAUAUAAUGCAGUUCCUAAGUUUUGUUCA